UUUCAAUGUGAUUCUGACAGCGCAUGGAUACAGUGGCAAGUCGUCAGCUCACUGAACCCUACCGGUCAUCUACCCGGUCCUGCCGCAGCCUUCCGCCCUGGUUGAGACGUUGUAGACCCGAAGCUCGCUCCAUCAGCCCCGAGCAGUUGGUCCUCCGCUUUUCUUGACGCCGCGAGUCGUCGCAAGCGGGCCGUUAGCUGGACAGGCAUUAGCAUGGUCGACAGUAAAGCCAACCUGGUGGCGGCGGAUGGGACGACGAAGCGGGGACAGGGUGAAAUGAACUUCAAGCUGAAGUACAUAAGUCUGGCUGUACUGGUGGUCCAGAAUGCAUCACUCAUUCUCAGCAUCAAAUAUGUGCGCAUGUUGCCGGGCGAGAAGUUCCUCGCCACAUCGGCCGUGGUCAUGGCGGAGAUCCUCAAGGUGCUGACGUGUGUUCUCAUCAUCCUGCUGCAGAAGAGAUUCAAUAUGAAGGAGACAAUAUCGUGUCUGGUGAACGCCAUCUUUCAGGAGGAUGUACUGAAGCUAGCCGUUCCGUCUCUCAUCUACACGCUGCAGAACAACUUGCAGUACAUCGCCAUCUCCAAUCUUCCUGCUGCCACGUUCCAGGUGACGUACCAACUGAAAAUCCUGACCACGGCAAUCUUCAGUGUGCUGAUGCUGAAGAAGACUCUGUCCAAAGUGCAGUGGCUUUCACUACUGCUGCUCUUCAUUGGUAUUGCCAUUGUACAGGUUCAGCUGGGGGGCACCAAGGAGCAAGUGAGAGCCAAUCAGAACUACGUAGUUGGCCUGUUGGCUGUGAUCAUCAGCUGUAUGUCAUCGGGAUUCGCCGGCGUCUACUUUGAGAAGAUCCUCAAGGGCAGCUCAGCGUCGGUGUGGGUGCGCAACGUGCAGCUGGGCAUCUUUGGCACUGUGCUUGGCAUGCUUGCGCUCCUGUGGAAUGACGGCGCCACUGUGGCCAAUUUAGGCUUCUUCUCUGGUUACACGUCAAUGGUGUGGUGCGUCAUCCUCAACCAGACGUUCGGUGGCCUCCUGGUGGCUGUGGUGGUCAAGUACGCCGACAACAUCUUGAAAGGCUUCGCCACCUCCUUCUCCAUCAUCAUCUCCACCGUCAUGUCCAUUUACCUGUUCGAUUUCCAAGUGGACCAACUGUUUACUGUCGGCACCGGGCUGGUCAUCGCCGCUGUCUACAUGUACAGCCUACCUAAACCCUCAGUCAACCUCAAUUCAUCUUCCUCGGCUACGAGAACUGAGGAGGACGCCAAAGUGGAGGCCUUGCAGACAAAGUGCGACAAGAAGCAGAAAGGAUCAUAAGAUGCUCGUGUCUUCACCUGACUGACGCCCGCCAUCUUGGACUAUGGUAGUCUUUUGGAGGACAUGGGUCUUUUUUUUUUUUUUUUUUGCUAUAGCAAUUGAAGUAGUGUUUGAAUACUGCAUGUAUCUGUUUUUUUUAAAUAUAUGUGUAAAAAUGUCCCCAUUUCAAGUAAAACGAGCACUAAUGUGCUAUGACCAGCUGAA